UCGCGUCGUUGCGUAGUUGACCGGGCCAUCUCUCAAACGCAACGCGGCCUCUAAGACUUGGCAGCGGCGUACGCAAUGAUGGCGGCUGCCAUGGAGGAACAGGUGCUUGUGGCGUGUGUCGUCACGUUUAAACUCGUUGUGUUCUUGAUCGGGUACAUUGCGAUAUGGCAUGCCACCGCGCAGCAGCAAGCGAGGACUCUGUCCGCCAGGAGAUCACUCUCGUUAGUGGUCAAGGGCGGGAGCCGUCCUUCCUGCUUUCUAACGCAAGCUGAAGACUUUACGCGCACACUCAACAUCGGGCGCGUGUACGUUGACCAAGCUCCGCAUCCACGACGAGAAUUCCUGCUGGACGCAAGGACUCUCCGGCUCCACGCGUCCACCGAAGGCGACGCCAACGACCUGCUGACGCAAACCAGUGACCUGCACGGUCCCAUCGACGUGUCGAACUACACGAAUGCGUCGAUGCCUCCUCUAGUCAUGUAUGCCCUCGAUCCCAUCUUGGUGCAAAGCAAGAUCCCAUUUGACGAGCUUUCGUUUGACCGGCAAUUGGCUGCCGGCACGUACGGCGAGGUCUGGCGAGGCACUUGGAACCACACACAAGUGGCGAUCAAGCAAGUUCGAGACGACCAAAAAGAUAACCUGGUGGAAAUCCAGAGUUUUGUCGCAGAGAUCAAGCUCAUGUUGCCGCUGCGCCACGACAACAUACUUGGCUGUUUGGGAUGUUCGUGGCAUCCUACUACGUUGCGGCUGUGCCUCGUGACGCCGUUUCUUGCCGACGGCGACUUGUACGUGUUGCUGCGCAAAUCGACGACGAGCGAGUCACCGGGACGAGUGACGAGUUGGACGUGGGGCCACGAAAAGAUCCAUAUUGCCAUGGGGAUUGCGACUGGCAUCUUAUAUUUGCACAAACGGCACAUCAUCCACCGCGACUUGAAGUCGAAGAACGUACUGCUAGACUCGGACUGGACGCCCAAGAUCACCGACUUUGGUAUUUCGCGACUGCGACAGCAUCCCGACGCGACCAUGACGGCAGGGGUCGGCACACCCCUGUGGACCGCGCCAGAAGUGUUCACCUCCAACUCGUACACGGACAGCGUCGACGUGUACUCGUUCGGGGUCAUCUUGUCCGAGCUAGAUACCCUCCAAGUGCCAUUUCGAGAUCGAUAUUGCAACAAAAAAGGCCAGGUCGAUGCCAUGCGCGUCGUCCAAGCUGUCGCGCAGGACCAUAUCAAGCCCACGUUUACGGCGACGUGUCCCGCCGCUGUGUACUCGCUAGCCAUGCGGUGCCUCCAUCACAUUCCGCAGAAGCGACCGUCUGCAGAGCAAGUUGUCCAGCUGCUGAGGACCCAAGUCGUCCCAACUUUAAUCGUGUCGUGAUGUCGCGUCCUUUCAUGGCACUUUGCCACACGUCAGCGUCGAUGGAAUUGGACGGUUUGAGCUCGAAUGGACCAGGGGGCGAAACCUUGGUCCCAACGCUCGCUGCGAUUCAAACCCCGUGCUGGACUAUGCACUGUAUGUGCUGCCAAGCAUGAUUUUGAACUGCCAUGACGGCGUCAGCGGUAAUUAAUGUGCAUUUGCUACAACUCCUACAUUGAGC